CUUUUUUUUCUUAAAAUGACAAAUCUUCCAGACUAUUAUGAGAUACUUGGUGUAUCACCAUCAGCAACUCAUGAUGAAAUAAGAGAAGCUUAUAAAAAGGAAGCCUUAUUGAACCAUCCCGAUAGAAUGAGCAGCAGUGCCACUCCUUCAGAGCGACAGGAAGCAACACGGCGAUUUCAACUUGUAGCAGAUGCUUAUUAUACAUUGGGUGAUCGAUCCAGGCGAGAAUCCUAUGAUCGCUCAAGAUCUCAUCAAGACCGAUUCACUCCAUUCUCUUCUGCCAGACCUAGCUCUUCACCAUCUCAGGCAAACCAUUUAUUCGGUGACGUCUUUGAAGAGUUGCUGAGGGCUGAAGUGGAGCAUCCAAGCUAUCACUGGAGAAUCCUUGGCGCAGGAGCAGGAGCCAUCCUAGGCUUUAUAUUCGGCAAUAUACCUGGAGCCGCUAUUGGUGCAUUGGCGGGAAAAACAAUUGGUCAAGUGAGGGAUCACAAAGGUGUAUCUGUUUAUACAGCCUUUCAAAGACUCACGAUGGAACAAAGAAGAAACAUUCUGACUCAUCUAUUGACGAGAUUCGUGACAGCAGGAGCAUCAGGCAUGAUGAAAUAGAGAGAGAUUUAUUGAAGAUACCUUUCGCCUUGUUCUAAUCCAAAUGCAAGUGGUAAUAACUGUCCAAAGGUGUAUUCUCGAUGAUCGCCCUUUGCAUUUAAGAAAUAAACGGGUGUUGAUGCCGUAACAAAUUCAGAUAUAAAUUGUCUAUUGUUCAUAUUAAUAUGUUUAAAAGGGACUAAAGUAUUACUUGCUUUUACCUGCAAAUGCCGCAAGGAGAAAC